UUUGUUGGAGUUUGGCCUUCUUGUUGGACUCACUGGCGAGGAAAUUUUAACAUAUUUUUCUAAUGACACCCUUGGUGAGUCAGGAAUCAUAGACUUUUUCGUGCACUGCAUGCGACAUGAUGAUAUUGUGCACAAGGUUGAUUCUUGUGGAUACAGAGUGUUUCUGACCACUAGUUUUUAUUUCAAUGUAUCAACGUGUGAAGCAGUACUCAACGCUGAUAAAUCUGAGACGAAAGACUUCAUAUAUGUAUGGAAUCAUCUGAUGUCUGAGUGCGAAAACUAUGAUUUGUCAAGAGCAAAAUUGGUUUUUGUCCCUAUCAAAGAUGGUGCUCACUAUUUUGUAUAUUGCUUCAAUUUUAUCCAUAAGCGUAUUGAUGUGCUGGACUCGAACGACUACUUCCUGAAUUGUUCUAAUCAGGAAGAACGGCACAAGGCUGUCUUUGCCAAAAUCCCAAUCAUUGAUGCAGCCUUCCAGAAAGUUUCCAACCUCAAGUUACCCAGAGUUAGCAAGUGGAGGCGACCUUUUAUUGAUGUGCCAAAGCAAGAAGGUCAAAGCGAUUGUCUUUUUUUUGUAUGGAAGUACAUGGAAUAUUAUGAUGGGGACAAAAUGACCAAGGAAAACAAUCCGGUUAGCCAUGCUGUCAACUGAUUUUCUAUCUGUUUUGGUGCUUUUUUUGUGUGUUUUCUAUGUGUGCAUCAUAAUAUAGUCACUGACCAUUAUGAUGUUUUUAUGCCAUUGCAGUUCAAGGGCCCGAUAUACAGAUGUGAGCUGUUGCAUUACGAGAUCUUCCACCCUUUGAACCAAGCUGGAAUUCCUGGAUCGCUUGAUAAGUUUAGAAUUGGUGGUCGUCCGUUGCCAAUUGAAUGAGAUAGUAGUCAGUCGAACAAUUAGAUUCAUGCAAAAACAAUCAGUUGUGUUAUGCAGUAGCCAGAAACAAUCAGUUGUGUUAUGCUCUCCAGUAAACAAUCAGUUGUGUUAUGCAGUAGCCAGAAACAAUCAGUUGUGUUAUGCUCUCCAGAAAUAAUCCAGUAAUGUUGUUUAGGUUGCAACCAGCGCACUGGUUCCAUUUGCAACUGGUCUAUUCA